AUGGAAUACAUCAUUCUUGUCUUGUAUUUCUCCUUUUUCGUCUGCCUGUGUGCUCUGGUGUGCUUAUAUUUUUCUGGCUGCCAAGAAAUGACUUAUAAGCAUGAAGAGGCAUGUUGUGGAGACAUUUUUUGGAUUUGAUGAAGAAUCCGUUGAUUCAGAAACCUCAUCGGUAACCUCCUAUAACACAGAUAAGACAGACAGGACUCCAGCUACGCCAGAAGAGGACUUGGA